AUGACUCUUGGGUCCGAAGAGUAUUGGCUGAGUGAAGUCAAUAAAGCCCCCGAGCUGGUGGAAAAUGCUGUAGCGGUAAUGCCCACGCCCUCAAUAUGGAGCAAGUAUGUAGAGUUCAAGGUGAACGAGUCAAAGGAUGCUCUUCUGGCGUUGUUCAAGCAGGGUCUCGAGGAAACGCAGUGGCAUAUUGAUAAAAGCCAGACAUUUUGGCUAAAGUACAUGGAGUUUUUAAAGCUCCAGUUCUCAGAGCUGGUUCAUGAUGCGUAUAUCCAAAGGCUCUCCGUUCCCCAUGUUCAAUUGGAUCAGACGUUCAGUGCAUUCUCGGACUUUGUUCAGGAGCGGAACCUCAAUUACGAAGAGAGCCUUGGAUCGGCAAGCCAUAUCGCCGAUAAAACUCGUAAAAUGGUAGCUUUGCGUGAAAAAUGGGAGUAUGAAGUCAAGUCUUCUGGUGGAAGCCUGAAAGUUGACAGGCUGCGGCAGUACCUGGAGUGGGAGCUUGGAAACAAAGACGCGUUUAAUUUUGCUCGUGGCUUGUUUGAGCGUAUAUUAGCACUCAAUCCUGCUGAUGAACGACUUUGGCACAGAUACAUCUGGCAUAUUUGGGUUGAUAAGGUUCCUUUCUCCAAAAUAAAGAUACCAGCCGAUACAAAGGCUGCGCGUGAGCUCAUUGAUCGUGCGGUAUUUUGCUUGCCAAACUCUCAGUCUUUGUAUGCUACGAAACUAAGACUUCAGCCUAGUAUGGAGGGGGCAAUUCAACUAUUUGCAGAAUGUGAAGACAGUGGCAUAGUUGGCGAUGAACUCCUUUUUCAAUUCCUGUUCUCGGUCAAGCAAUUAUACCGAGAAAAUGGCAUUUCUAUUGAGGAUCUAAAGGGUGUUUUCGAGAAACACAUAGAUUCGCUCCCGAAACUUGUUUUUACAUCUACCCUGGUGCUCGAUAUUGAUCAAAACUUUGCUCAGGACAUGUUGAUGAAGCAGCUUAAGCAAUUUAGAAAUGAUUCUCUUUUCUGGCAGCAUUUCGCAAGCGUCAAUUUUCGAAAGUCUGUUGCAGUGUACAAAAGCGUGAAAAGAUCGGAUAAGAUCUAUAUUGAAUUCAUGGAAACAAAAGUCAUUCUCGAUACCUUUACACAUGGAACUCCUCAAGAGAUCGAAAAGGCUUACUCGUUAAUGAUACCUUUACAGCCAACUAAAAAACGCCAACUGGAUAUUAGCGAAGAGCCUGCAGUCAAGAGAUCGUCAAAGUCACAGCGCGACCGCGAACACGCCAGUAUCGUCGUUCAGGGCGACAUUUCAGUUGAUGAGCUACAUGAUUUACUAAAAAACUUGAAGGUCGUUUCUGUCACUGGAAACAAAACCAGGAUCAUCGAGCUCGGAACUAAAAGCGAAAAGAUGCUGGCACUCUCCAGGCUCAACUUUGCUAAAAAGUUUAGUCUUAAUGCAUACGACGCCGAGAACACUACGCUUUGGGUCAACAACUACCCUCCAUAUUGGCAUGAUAGUAACUUGAAGACCAAAUUUUCCGAGUUUGGUACAGUUCUAGAUCUGCGGAUACCUUCGCACGAAAAACGCGAGCGACGCAGGUUUUGCUACGUUCAAUAUAGCACUGCGCAAGAAGCUGCGACUGCAGUAGAAGCACUAGAUGGUCAAAACGGCCUCGAAGUUCGAUUUUCAGACCCAUCUCAGCGUAGAUCCCGCACAGACGCACUUGAAGAAGGUAGGGAAGUUCUUGUUCGAGGUCUUCCUUUCAGCAUGUCUGGCGAUAAUAUCGAAGUCUUUGUUAAGAAAUACAGCAAUCCGUCAUCGAUUCGUGUACCUCCAGGCCGGAGAGGUCAGUCAAAUGAUGGCUUUGCAUUUUUGGACUUUGAUACGGCUGCGGAUGCGGCUAAUGCUGCAGAAGCUCUUUCUGAUAAGUUCGUGUCGGGGCGUAAGCUAUCUGCUGUUGUUGCAAGUCGUCAAAAAGCGAGCAAACCCAAGCAGUCCACUGUGAACACUCUCAGUGUGAGAAACUAUGGUACAUCAAAGGCCGAGCUACUGGAGCUACUAGGCGAGUUUGGUACCUUUGACGUUCAGGAUGAUAAUGGAGGCUUAAAAGUUACAUACACCAAGAUACAGGAUGCAGGCCGCGCUCUGCUCGGGCUAGACGGAAGAGAACUGAAUGGCCAAAAGCUCGCUGUACGAAACUUGGCGGAAAGGGGCAUGAAGCCGAGAACUAUAGGUUGA